CCGACUUCAUUCCUGAGCAUACAGUGCAAACAAACUUUCAACCCAAUCAAUCCAGCGACAUCGCAAUCUCCGGCCAUAUCCAAGCCCUCCUACGUCAGUACAGUCUCAUGACAACCUCAGACCCCUCUACCGUUGUCCCAGCCCACCUCCUUACCAAUCCCGAUUACAUGGCCCUCACCCACGCCCUCUCCCUCUUAGAAGCACAACGAGCCCGCGCGGAAGGGGAUAUACGUCCCCUUCUGGAGCAGCGGCUGGAGGCGAUCACAGAUCCUGAGGGUUUCAUUUCUUCUCUACCGUCGGCGAGCGUAAAAAGUGCAAAUGUAAGAAAGGAAAGGGUCGAACCACAGAAAGUGGCAAAAGCACCGCAUGUUGAAUGGUCGAGAUACGGCGUCGAAACGAAAGGGUUGGAGAAGGCAAUUGAGCGGGGGGCCUUGAGGGGGGAGGGGGUUGUUGAUGCGAGUCGGUUUGGUUAAGAAG